AGCGGGGUGGCCGCGCUGCCCGACCCGCGGCCUGCACAGUCCCCUCGCUGUGGCGCGUUCCCCGAGCCCGCACUGGGUGUUUCCGGAGGUGUGAGACUCCCGCCAGCCCGGGCGCGCCGCCGGCUUCACAGGAGCCUCCGGGCAGCGCAGCCCGCCCGCCUUUCCGUCAGGCUUUCGCGCCCGGCGCCCCCGCAGUGAUGGCGUGAAGAGGGUGGGCGUUCCGGUCCGGGAGGCCCCCGCCGCGGCCCCGGAAGCGCCUCUUCCUGGGCGGCCGUGAUGGUGGUCGCCGUGAUGUCUGCGGGGCUGGGUGGCUGACCCCCGUGGGUGCAGCAGGCCCGGAUCCCGAAUCUCGGCGGCCGCUGCUCGAGCGCGGCCUGCGCCAUGGCCACCUCCGCCGCCUCCUCGGAGCAUUUCGAGAAGCUGCACGAGAUCUUCCGCGGCCUCCAUGAAGACCUCCGGGGGGUGCCGGAGCGGCUCCUGGGGACCGGGGGCACAGAAGAGAAGAAGAAAUUGAUCAGAGAUUUUGAUGAAAAGCAGCAAGAAGCAAAUGAAACGCUGGCAGAGAUGGAAGAGGAACUACGUUAUGCACCCCUGUCUUUUCGUAACCCUAUGAUGUCUAAGCUUCGAAACUACCGGAAGGACCUUGCCAAACUCCACAGGGAAGUGAGAAGCACGCCUUUGACAGUCACAGCCGGGGGCCGAGGAGACAUGAAAUAUGGCACAUACACUGUAGAGAAUGAGCAUUUGAAUCAGCUACAGUCUCAGAGGGUAUUGCUUUUGCAAGGCACUGACAGCCUGAACCGGGCCACCCAGAGUAUUGAGCGUUCUCAUCGGAUUGCCACAGAAACUGACCAGAUUGGCUCGGAAAUUAUAGAAGAGCUGGGGGAGCAACGUGACCAGUUGGAACGUACCAAAAAUAGACUGGUAAACACAAAUGAAAACUUGAGCAAAAGUCGAAAGAUUCUCCGGUCAAUGUCCAGAAAAGUGACAACCAACAAGCUGCUACUUUCCAUUGUCAUCUUACUGGAGUUAGCCAUCCUGGGAGGCCUGGUUUAUUACAAAUUCUUUCGCAAGCAUUGAACUUCCUGCACGGAAGGGUUUGUGGACCAGAACUUUGACCCUGAGAAUGAAUAGUGUUACAGAUGUGGAAUAAGUAUUGCUGCUGUGAGCUAACGGUUCAAGGAUGCACUGUGUAGCCAGACUGUGGGAAGAGGGAGGGAAGAUGGAAAACCAGUUAAUGUGAAGAAACAGCAACAAGACCAGUGUGAUAUACCAAGGAAGUUGGUCAUAGACAUUGUGCCCUCCUUCCCUUGUCUGACCAAAACUUGACGCAAUCACAUCCACUGCCAGGCCAGCUGUAGCCUUGGCUUCUUCGUCUGAAGCAGCCAACUGAGGAUUAACUUCAACAAGAUCCAGUGCUGACAGCAACCCUAAAAGAACAAAGUUUGACAAAACCUCAGAAAAUCUCUUAGCUGCUGUUUCAGUGAGGGUCGUACCACCUGGACAGAAUAAACCAAGCAUCUAAUAGACUGCCUGGCCCAUAAUAAUGUUUGAUAAACAAAUGAAGGAGUUGUAAGCAUUUCUACCACUGGCAACCCAUCCUUCACAGAAAUCUUACUGAACUGGACCCUCAAAGCCCCUGCAAGCCAUUCGACUUUCUUUUCAUCUUGGCCUACUGACCUUGUCCUGUAGUUCUCGGAGGAGAAAUGAAACCGGCUGUCCAUGGAGACAUCCAGAUGAAGUGGUGAGGGGUGUAUUGAUGUCAGCGUGGGCAUCAACCCAGAUCACACAAAGGUCUGGGCAGUGCCGUGCGUGGCCACUGAUGGUACCAAUUGCCAAGCUGUAAAGAACAAAUAUAGAUGACCCUUGAACAACAGGUUUGAACUACAUGGAUUUCUUUCAAUAAAUACCUGUAACUAUUUGUUUGUUUUGUUAAACAUCCUUACCUCAGGGUCUUUUUUCCAUUGAUUUUCCAGAGAGUAGAAGGCGGGGGGGGGGGGGGGGGGGGGAGACACAUGGAUUGGUUGCCUUCCGCAUGUACCCCAACCGGGGCCAGGGAUCAAGUCUGCAACCAAGGUAUGUGCCCUUGACCAGAAUCAAACCCAAGACCCUUCAGUCCACGGGUCGACGCUCUAACCACUGAAACAAACAGGCCAGGGCAAAUAAAUACCAUAACUAUUUUCAAUCCACGAUUGGAAAUCUGGGUGCAGAGGUCAACUAUAUGCAUUUAUCUAUACCAUUUUAGAUAAGGGACUUGAGUAUCCACUGAUUUUGGUAUUGGCGGGACGGACUUGGAGCCAAUCCUUUGCAGAUACCAAGGGACAACUUAAGUUUUUGGUGAGUCAAACGUUGUAUUUGGAUUUUCAACUGUGCAGGGGGGUUGGUGCCCUUAACCCCUGAGUCGUUCAAGGGUCACUAGUCUCCAAUAAUUUUCAAGGCCCUCUGCUUGGCAAACAUCACCAAUAACAAAUAUCCUCAGCCAAUGCAGCUCAUACUUUGUCCUCGGGGCAAAGUCAGGGCCCCAGACUAAAGCAGGAUUUGGAUGAGACAGAAUCUACAGGGCUGAGGUUAAGUGAGUUAGAUAGAUAGGGAGAAAUGGAAGACUCUAAACGUUCAAAGCUGACCACUGGUUAUCCCCUGCAGUGUGACAGACUGCCCCACAUCCCUAAAAUUUGAUCCAUUAGCCUUGACCCAGAAAGGGACCUUAAUUUGUUCAAGAAGGAAAUCCAGUUAAAGGAUGUGGUCUAUAUGUGACAAUUCAUAAAUGCCUCUUUAAGGGAAACCAGGGAGAUCUAAUCACUUUCAAAGAAUUAGUUACAUUAACUUUUUAAGGGUAAAAGUCAGCCUUACAGCUUUUAAAAAUGAGUGAUACUUUCUAAAAUGAAAAAUCAAAGUUAAGUCUUUAAAGUAACAGAGCAAUCCAAUUAAAGACCUCUUUUAGAGCACUGAAUAAAAUACAAGUGUAUUUGCCUGUUAUAUACAUUAGUAUGACAUUCAAAUAUUGUUUCUGUUUUUGCCUUUCCUUAUCCUUGGUAUCUUCUUACAUUAGCCCACUGUCCUGUCUCAGCUGUAAAAACACAGCGGAUGAAAUAGUGGUUGGAAAGCUUCCGAUCUUCUGUAACCAAAGAAUUUGACAUAGAUGGGAAAUGCAUCUUAAGCAUUUUAGGAACUAACUGCAGUCAUCCUUCUUGGUCAGGAUAGCAUGUGACAGCAUUUUAACCUGCAUGCCCCACGUAGGGCCUUUUUGAGGAAUAGCAUGGUCUAGUGCUAAAAGCAGUGGAUUAAGUCAGAAUGCUGUGUUGUUCCCCUCCUCCACCCCCCAGGAAGAGGUGUAUGAUCUAGGAUAAGUCAUCUAAUUUCUCUAGACUUCACUUUCCUUUUCUAAAAGGCAGGGAUACUGCCCUAACCGGUUUGGCUCAGUGGAUAGAGUUUCGGCCUGCAGACUGAAGGGUCCCAGGUUCGAGUCUGGUCAAGGGCAUGUACCUUGGUUGCGGGCACAUCCCCAGUAGGGGGUGUGCAGGAGGCAGCUGAUCGAUGUUUCUCUCUCAUCGAUGUUUCUAACUCUCUAUCCCUUUCCCUUCCUCUCUGUAAAAAAUAAAAAUAUAUUAAAAAAUAAAAAUAAAAGGCAGGGAUACUAAUCUCAGUUUGUUUAAGUCAGAGUUGGUUUAAUGAUUAAGUCCAUACUGUAUGUUGUAUAUAAAAGGAGCAGAGUGACCCUAAAAAUUCCUAGUCCUCGCCCUGGCCUGUGUUGCUCAGUUGUUAGAGGGUCAGAGCAUUGGCCUUGUGCACCAAAGGGUCUCAGGUUCCACUCCUGGUCAAGGGCACAUACCUGGGUUGCAGGUUCGAUCCCCCCCCCCCCCCCGCCCACCCUGCCCCCCCAUCAGGAUGCAUGCAGGAGGCUACCAAUUGAUGAGUCUCUCUCACAUUCAUGCCCUCCCCCCCCCUCCCCCCUGUUCCUCCCUCCCUCCCUAAAAGUCAGUGGAAAAAUAUAAAAUAUCCUGGGGAAUAACAAAUGAUUAACUGAGAAUAUAUAUGCAGUGCUUAAUACUCCUAGUACUUUAAUACCAACAUUUUUUUUCUUUCUAACAAAAACUUUCAUUUCUUAGCUCCCCUGUGAAGUCUGACUACUCUAGUCCAGACUGAUCUCUGAAAUUCUGUAGAAUUUAAUUUCUUUCAUUCCAUGCCUACUUUUUUCAUCUAGGCCCAAUAAGUCACAAGUUUCCCACAAUCCCUUGAGAACACAUCAGAACAGUGUUCAACACAGUACAUGCUGAUUCACUAAGAGAGGAAGAAUCUAUUGUGUCAGUCACCUAGGGUCAGUUACUGUGGAGAUAGAGAAUGCAUUCAUAUGACAAGUGGGGAAUUUGGAACAAACCUAUGAGUAGAAAUGCUUUAAAAAAAAGACCCAAAAAGUCCAGCCUAUCCUUCCAAUCCUCCCAAUAGCCAAAUGAAAGUUGUAAGACAGUUUCUUAAGAAAGCUUUCUAAGAGAUAAGCAUGAAACACUGGACUGUGUCUAAAAGCUUUGCUUAGUUUACUUCUGAACUUGUCCUACUAUAUAAAAAAACUACAUGUGCCUCCAGCAGCUCAUAAUCUUCGACAUCAAAAUGCUAUUAUGACCCUAGCUGGUUUUGCUCAGUGGAUAGAGCGUCAGCCUGAGGACUUGAUUCCGGGUUUGAUUCCGGUCAAGGGCAGGUACCUUGGUUGCGUGCUUGAUCCCCAGCCCUGGUCAGGGCAUGUGGCCUGGUCAGGGCACGCGUGGGAGGCAACCAAUCAAUGGGUCUCUCUCACAUUGAUAUUUCUCUCUGUGUGUGUCUCCUCCUCUCUUCACUCUCUCUAAAAAUAAAUGGAAAAAAAUAUCCUUGGAUGAGGAUUCACACAAAAAAUAAAUAAAAAUAAAUAAAUGCUUAUUUAAAAAAAUGCUGUUAUGCAUUGUUAACUUUAAAAGUCAGCCAGAUUUUCCCCCAGGAAAACGGGUUUCUUCAGGAACAACAGAAUUGUAACCCCGAACAUGUAACCGUGGCUGGCCACAUGCAAGUUUACUAAAACAAAGGAGAGGGAAUUCUUUUAUAGAGGGGGAAAGAAGCUGGGAGGGCUGUUACAAAGAGUUCCUCCUGCUGUGCUUCAAGAUCAACUGACAGGGCAUGACAGCUUUUACUUCUGGCCUCUCUAUUUCAUAUGAGUUUCUGCUUAUUUUUUUUCCAUCAUAACUUAAAAAUUCUGAAGGGUAGUUUACUCAGGAAACUGAGACAAGCUAAUUGAUUAGCCCAAAGCACCAUGCAAUGUAGCCCCACCACCACCACUGGCUCCCAACUUACCUGUGGUCUCCUCCCACUGUGACACAGCUGUAGCCACCUGAUACUGCUCUACUAACCACCUCAGCCAGUUCCUGGUUGGCGAGGCCCACCGAGCGAGGAUUUGCUAUCAGGUUGUUGUACAGAUCAUCUUUGGGGACUGGAGUGAAACUCAAAUCUCCAAAGUCCUUCAGGUGGCAGCCUAGAAACAAGUGGAGGAUGAUAAGAUUAAUUGGAAUUGGUUAAUAAGAUUAGUUGGAGAUUCCAACUCUUACUGGCCUGGGCCACAAAUAAUAACUUGUGACAAAGUACACAACCUCAUUUUGUCUCAGUAAAAUUCAAAAUGUAACAUGACUGUCAGGAUGACCUCCUAGCAAUCCUGUGGGGUAGAUUCCGUCAGGAACACCGUUUUGCAGAUGAAGAAGAGGUUUUGGAAAGUGAAGCCCAGAAAUGUUAACUGACAUUAACAAUCAUGAAAUUUGGAGCAAUUAAACCUCUAUUCCAGAGUUACAGCAUGGAAGUAAAAUGCCAACAGGAUUUAAAGAAAGUGAAUGUCAUAAACUAGGUCUCAAGGUCACACAGCUGCUAAGUGCCAGACUCAGGAACAAAUCCAGGCCAUCUGCUCCCAAAGUUUGUAUUCUUGAGUAUGCAGUUGUAUCCCAAAGAGUCCCCCUUUAA